UUGGCUGGAAGAUCCAUGACAUGGUGGCCUAUUGGUGCCUCACUGAUGUCCAGUAAUGUGGGCAGCGGCCUGUUCAUUGGUCUAGCGGGCACUGGGGCAGCAGGAGGCAUUGCUGUUGGGGGAUUUGAGUGGAAUGCAGCCUGGGUUCUCAUUGCCCUGGGCUGGAUCUUUGUGCCAGUGUACAUCUCUGCUGGGGUGGUCACCAUGCCAGAGUACCUGAGAAAGAGGUUUGGAGGCCAGCGAAUACGAAUCUACAUGUCCGUCCUUUCUCUGAUCCUCUACAUUUUCACCAAGAUAUCGACAGACAUCUUCUCAGGAGCCUUGUUCAUUCAGGUGUCUCUGGGCUGGGACCUGUAUCUCUCCACUGUGGUGCUGCUUGCUGUGACUGCAGUCUACACCAUAGCCGGUGGACUAACUGCAGUGAUUUACACAGAUGCCCUGCAGACUGUCAUCAUGGUGGUAGGAGCACUUGUGCUUAUGUUCAUAGCUUUUGACAAAGUGGGCUGGUAUGAGGGAUUGCUGGAGCAGUACAAGGUGGCUGUGCCCUCCCUAACAGUGGCCAACACAACGUGUCACUUGCCCCGCUCUGAUGCCUUCCACAUCUUCAGAGACCCACUGACUGGGGACCUUCCGUGGCCUGGCCUGGUGUUCGGCCUCACGGUGCUGGCCACCUGGGUGUGGUGUGCCGACCAGGUAAUAGUACAGAGGUCUCUCUCUGCCAAGAACCUGUCCCAUGCCAAGGGAGGAUCUGUGUUGGGGGGAUACCUGAAGGUCCUACCCAUGUUCUUCAUUGUGAUGCCAGGCAUGAUAAGUCGAGCACUCUUCCCAGAUGAGGUUGGCUGUGUGGUUCCUGAAGAGUGUCAGAGGAUUUGUGAGGCUGCAGUAGGUUGCUCCAACAUUGCCUACCCCAAACUUGUGGUCGAGCUAAUGCCAGUAGGAAUGCGGGGGCUGAUGAUUGCUGUGAUGAUGGCAGCCCUCAUGUCCUCCCUGACCUCCAUCUUCAACAGCAGUAGCACACUCUUCACCAUGGACAUAUGGCAGCGAGUCCGUCGCCAGGCCACAGAGCGGGAACUCAUGGUUGUUGGCAGGCUGUUCAUCUUGGUGCUGGUGGUCCUAAGUAUCCUGUGGAUCCCUAUCAUUCAGUCAGCCAACAGUGGGCAGCUCUUUGACUACAUCCAAGCCAUCACAAGCUACCUGGCUCCACCAAUAACCGCUGUCUUCCUCAUGGCCAUCUUUUGGGAGCGGAUCAAUGAGCAGGGGGCCUUCUGGGGGCUGAUGGUGGGUUUGGCUGUGGGCUUUGUUAGAAUGAUCAUGGAGUUUGUAUAUGGCACACUGUCUUGUGGAGAAGUGGAUACACGCCCUGGGAUUCUGAAGGAUGUUCACUACCUGUAUUUUGCCCUCAUCCUGCUGGGUCUCACUGGUCUGGUCAUUGCUGUGAUCAGCUUGUGCACGCCUGCCAUCCCUGGCCAACAUCUUGUUCGCUUGACGUGGUGGACGAGGCACAGCCAGGCAGAGCGCAUAGAUCUCGAUGACCCUUGGUCUUCCUCAGCGACGGCUGACCGCGUCAGCGAAGGACCUUCGGAGUCCCCGGCAGAAAGGGCGCCCUGCUGGAAGAGGCUCGGAAUGUGGUUAUGUGGGCUGACUGGAGCAGCACAGGCAGAGCUUAGCCCCGAGCAAAGGCAAGCUCUGGAAAAGAAACUGACCAGCAUUGAAGAGGAACCUGUUUGGCGCAAUGUCUGCAACAUCAAUGCCCUUCUAUUGCUUACUGUCAAUGUCUUCUUAUGGGGUUACUUUGCCUAAGCCAACACAUUUAAGUGACAUUUCCUAGCCUGAUUAACAUCAAGUUGUACUAGAAUGAGGCUGUAAAACCUGUAUAUUUAAUGUGCCUUUUGUUUUGGCUGAACGAUGGGCUUGAUUGUUUCA